GUAUUGUGGAGUGGCGCGUUUUCUGCUCUCGUCGCGGGUUGCCCUUUUACGGUGAUCCAGCCAGCACUCGCGAAAACUUGCCCGCGUUCGCGCGCUGUAAUGUUAUAAACUGACUGCCUAUCAACCAAAUUGUAAAAGGAUGUUUGGCAGCUUAGGAUGGGUCGUGAUGCUUCUGUCGGCGACAUUUAUGGUCACCGUCAAUUCAAGUCAGCCAUCAUCCGAGAGACUCACAGGAAUGAAUCCCUGCAUUAGUAAACAGACUUGCCAUGAAUGCAUACAGACACCACACUGUGCCUGGUGUGCAGCUCCUAAUUUCAAGGAAAAUCGUUGUUUCCUGCCAAAUGUAAAUACAAGGAUAUAUGCAUUAUGUCCUGAAGAGUACAACUGGAAUCCAGACAAUUUCUUCAGCGUGAAAAGAAAUAGCGAAUUAACGAAAGGGGGUUAUAUUGCUGGUGGAGGUUCUAGUGGUGGAUACGAAAGUUCCGAAUAUGGAGAAUAUUCAAAUUCCUCGAGGUCUACCUAUUCUGGAACCCACAGUUCUUCGAGUAGUGGUACUGCUGGAGCAAGGCGACAGCCAGCUGUACAAAUCUCGCCACAGGAAGUGACUCUCAAGCUUAGAAUUAACGAGGCUCAUAGAAUAUCUUUCAAAUAUUUGUUGGCCGAAGAUUAUCCAGUAGAUCUUUAUUACCUUAUGGAUCUUAGUAAGUCUAUGGAAGACGACAAGACAAAACUGUCCGACCUGGCGGAAUUACUUGUGGAGAGUAUGAGCAAAAUUACAAGUAACUUUAGUCUUGGUUUUGGAAGUUUCGUCGACAAGGUUGUCAUGCCGUAUGUCAGCACUGUGCCUAAGGCGCUCCUCGAACCAUGUCCAAAUUGUACAGCUCCCUACGGCUACAAACAUGUAAUGGAUCUGUCAACGAACACCAGUCAAUUUGCAGACCUUGUCCGGAACGCUUCUGUUUCCGGAAACCUGGAUGCACCAGAAGGUGGAUUCGAUGCAAUUAUGCAGGCAAUAGUUUGCCUCAAUCAAAUUGGCUGGCGACAUAAAACUCGUAGGCUUCUUGUAUUUUCUACGAAUGCCGGCUUCCAUUAUGCUGGAGACGGAAAGCUUGGUGGAAUCGUUAAGCCUAACGAUGGUUCCUGCCAUCUUGAUAAUAACGGUUUUUAUACGCAUUCGUCAAAGCAGGACUAUCCCAGUAUCUCACAGAUAAAUCGCAUAGCCAAUGACAAUAAGAUUAAUAUUAUCUGGGCAGUAACCGAAGAACAGAUUAGUAUUUACAAACGUCUCACGGAACACGUGCAGGGUUCCUAUGCUGGAAAAUUAUCAAACGAUUCCAGCAACAUCGUUGACCUAAUCAGAGAACAAUACAAUGCUAUUUCAACCUCUCUGCAAAUGCAGCAUACCGCCAGCAGUGCGAUUAAAAUCCGUUACUUCUCAAGUUGCCUCGAUCCUAGUGACACGCUCGUUGAGACUUCGAAAUGUGACGGACUGAAAGUCGGUAGCAAGAUCACAUUCAUUGCUGAGAUCGAAGUAAAUGCGUGUCCUGCUAAUAGAUCAGAAUGGAAGCAGCGAUUCAACAUUUCUCCGGUGGGCGUGAAUGAGGCGUUGACGGUGAACCUCGAGAUGCUAUGCGAUUGCGAAUGCGAACACAAAGGUCACCCCCUGUACGAAGAAAAUUCAUCAAAUUGUAGUGGCACGGGUACCCUGAAAUGUGGGGUGUGCGAGUGUAACGACAAUUUCUUCGGUAAGAAUUGCGAGUGCAAUAUUCAGGAGUAUAUGAAUUCCGGCAGCGACAAGUACAUAAAUUUCUGUCGACCUGAUAAUACAACCGUUGUUGACUGUUCUGGACGUGGUGUUUGCACUUGCGGUACAUGCGACUGCAAUAAACGCGAUAAUCCUGAUGAGGUAAUAGAGGGAACGUACUGCGAGUGCGAUAACUUUAACUGCGCCCACGAAGAUAAUAUCCUCUGCUCUGGUCAUGGAAAAUGUGUAUGUGGCCAGUGCGUUUGCGAUAGUGAAUGGACGGGUUCAUCAUGUAACUGUCCUUCGUCUGAAAGCACUUGUAUUGCACCAGGUACCACAAAUGGAGUUCUUUGCUCUGGGCAUGGUGACUGCAUAUGUGGUGAGUGUGUCUGCUAUGAAGAGGGUGACAAACGUUACUCAGGAACGCACUGUGAGAGGCCUCCAAGGCAGGACAUUAGUUGCGAGGAACUUAACAGUUGCGUACAGUGUCAAGUGUACAGAAUCGGAAACUACAGCGAUACCAAAGAGUGCGAUAGUCAUUGCAAGAAAUAUACUCUGAAGAUUGUUAAGACCAAUGAUGUUAAUGAGACCAUUGAUACUAACGAGACCAUCAACGAACAGCUUUGCAUUUUCUAUGACGAGGAUGACUGCAAAUAUAGUUAUGUUUUCUAUCCCAAUGGAACGAAUGAAUUGAUAGUGCGAGCGCGAGAAGAACCGGAGUGUCCGAUUCAAAUUUAUUUGCUUGGAAUUGUCCUGGGUGUUAUUGGCGCCAUUGUGCUUAUCGGUUUGGCCUUACUUCUAUUGUGGAAGCUACUUACGACUAUUCAUGACCGUAGGGAAUUUGCCAGGUUCGAGAAGGAAAGAAUGAUGGCUAAGUGGGAUACGGGUGAAAAUCCAAUCUACAAGCAAGCUACAUCAACAUUCAAGAAUCCGACUUAUGCCGGUAAAUAAAAGUCGGCGAAGGAUCUUCCAACUAGUGUGAAGAAAGACGAACUCCUUCGACCUGAAGGAAUGAUGGUGUGUCAUAAAAUUUUGUAUUUUUCGAGGACGAACGAAAAUGGUCGAACAGACCAUUUUUAACGAACGAUUAACCAUGUCUCGUUAAUAGCGAUUAACCGAUUAAUAUGAUUCUGUUAAGCGUUAGACUACGUAAUACUGCCAUAAUAUACUUAGGCCGUUUAACGCGGAUUCUCGUAAAGGUGGAACAAAAUUCAAAAGGAUCUGAAUCCGUCGGGAAAGUCAAGGGAGGAAAAAGUGCCUUUUCGAAUUUCUUAAAAAAAAAAGAAGAACAGAUCUUUAUCGACUCUCUAGGAGUUAACCACGUUUUUUAAUUGAUUAUAUAUACAUUAUAUCUAUAGCUAUAUAUAUAUAUAUAUUUCUUCCUCCUUUUCUAGCUCUUUGCUGAUGUGUGCCGGGAUAUAUUUAUUAACGAAAUACUAUAUUUUCCUUUACCUUGUGUCUCUCUUUAUCUAAUCGUUAUUUUAUUUUCACUAAUUCCUGGAUUACCGUCAAGAGAAGCACCGUGCAAACUCAAAAAACUACGCGAACCUCACUUGUCGGACUAUCCAGUGCGUGUACGAAUUCGAUUUUAUUUCGUAAAACGAUCUUUUAUUUUUGUCUGUGAGUGCGUGCGAGCGUAAGUGGGUUAUUGAUAAAAAAAGUAUGUACUAACAGGACUGUAAUUAUGACUCAAUGUAAAGAGAGGUUGUUUAUUUAUACGGGACAUUACAAUAUUAUACACCUCUUAUGUCAUACUUUACACUGUCCUUCUCUUAGACUAUAGAUUUAAUGAUAAAUACCUAUUACAAUUUUUUUUGUUACUUAAGAAAAACAAGAAAAUAGUAAAUUUUUCAAAAAUUUUCGAUUGAAGUGGAGAGAGAAGAUGUAGAAAUGACGACGCCGAAGCAUAUUGUGCGUAGGUAUUUACAAAAAUGACUGUUUUAUCUAAUUCUCAAAAUAUUAAUCACACAAUUAUCUGUGAGCUUCCAUAGUCCUGUAUACGUACUACGGCUAAUGUUCAAAUUUAAGAGAAAGAAAAACGUGAAUUGCAUUUCAUGUUACAAUGCCACAUCGUUUUGUAUAAACAUCAUUGUACAUUUUGUAUCAAGUUAAGUCGAACAAUAAAAAACGCUUUUGUGCCGUUGCUAAUGUUGAAGAA